GUGUAGUAACCAUGGUUUUUUGGUGUAUUGAUUACUAUCAGCAAAACCAUGGUUUUACUACACUAACUAUGGUUUAACUAUGGUUUUUGAAAACCAUGAUUGUCAAAACCAUGGUUAUUUUGUAGUUACUAUGGUUUUACUACAGUAACCAUGGUUUUUUGGUUUUAACUGUAGUAAAACCAUGGUUAAUUUUCGUAAGGGCUGACCAAUUCCCUAACCUUAACCACUCGAGGUGAAAAGUCUAAUAAAUCGUGAGCCAUGCAAUGAGCUGCUUCGUACAGUACAGUAGGUGGCGGUAUACACCUUAACAGUUGGUUUGCAACCCGCCAGUAAACCCACAAAAGAAGAAGAAGCGCUGCUUCGUACUAGGGCGGUCUUGGCGCUACUGGUCACGUCUCCUGAGCGUGCAACGUUCAGCUUCUUCUUCUUUUUUCGGCGGUUACUGGCUCGAGUUUGGAAGAAACAGCAAAGCUCUCUGUAAAGGAUAACGACUAACGUAUUGGAGUGUCAAAAUGACCAGACGAAAACCUGGAAAACGAUGGAGAAGGACUGGUAAUGAAGAAGACCCAAAUAAACGACCAAGACGGGCUGCACACUUGUCAUCCCUCCCUGCAGCCGCCAGUGUUCAUGUGGAGACUGAUCAGCAAUAUUUAGGAGGUAGCAGCAGUGGAACACAGCAGGGGGGGGGGCCUCCUGGAGGAACCCAAAAUGCUGCACUUCAAGGGGAACACGCCCAACAUCCAGGUGUCCAUGCAGGAUGUACCACACUCACUCUCGGACAUCAAGUCUCUCACCACCUGCCAGCACAAGGUAGCAUGGCAGAAGAGAUUAUUUCAACUGUUAACUCUAUCGAAGACAAUGAAGAACCAUCUUCCAGAUCAGCCUUCAUAGAUCCUCCUGAUGACCUAACAACUGAACUACAUAGCAAUGCUGAGUAUGAUCCAUCUCAAUUAUUUGAGGAAGCUGUCCCUGAUGUGGGGGAUUGGACAUAUGAUGAUGGACAUUUGUUCAAUGAGGGAUUUGAAGAGGGUUUGAGUGAGUACUGUGCAGAAGAGUCAAAUUUCAAGGACACAGCACACAAACCAUUAUAUGACAAUGCAUCAAUAACUGUUGCAGAGAGCCUUCUGAUCAUCAUGGCUUACGUAAACUGUCAUAAAGUAACUGAUAAGGCCCUUAGUGAUUUGCUUAAAAUGUUUAAGUUGGUUUGUCCUGAUAGUCUGAAUACAGACUGCUUAAACAGUGUACAGAAGUUAAAAGACUUUUUUUUCUCACAUGCUGCAUCAUCUCCUAUUGUAUUGCAUAAAUAUUGCAGUACUUGUUGUGGGUCAUUAGAAGGUGAACAAUUACAAUGUCUAUCUUGUGGGACCAGUGUGUCAGAAGAAAGAUCCUCAUCCUUCAUAGAGGUUCCAAUUGAUGCUCAAAUAAGGUCAUUGUUUCUCAAGCCAGGCUUUCAGGAGAAACUUAACUUUAGAUUUAGCAGGAAUAAGACUGAUCCUAACAACAUUGAAGAUAUAUAUGAUGCAGAAAUUUACAAACAGCUUGUAGAUGGGGGGGGUCCUCUUAGUGACCCUAAAAACAUCUCACUUACUUGGAACACAGAUGGGGUACCUAUUUUCAAAUCGUCCAAGUUUUCAGUGUGGCCUUUUUAUUGUAUCAUCAAUGAACUGAGUUUCAUGGAACGCACAAAAAGAGAGAAUAUGAUAUUUGCUGGACUUUGGUAUGGGGACUCAAAACCGUCCAUGGUUACAUUCCUUAGACCACUAGGUGACACACUGAGUAAACUUGCAGAUGAUGGAAUUCUUGUGCAACCUGCACAGUUGACAUCUGAACCGUUUGUGUGUAAAGUGCUCACCAUUGCUGGAACAUGCGACUUACCUGCUAAAGCAUUAGUCCUUAAUUCAGUGCAAUACAAUGGGAAAUUUGGAUGUCAUAAAUGUGAGCAGCCAGGAGAGACUGUAAAGACAGGGGAAAGGGGACAUGUUCAUGCAUUUCCAUACCAACAUAGAGAUCCAAAAGGCCCACUGCGCACAAAUGAAAAGUUUGCCCUGGAUAUGAAAAUCUCAAAUGAGACCAAAACCCCCGUUAAAGGGGUGAAGGGUCCCUGUUGGCUUAGCAAACUUAAAUGUUAUAACCUUAUCGAAGGCACUGCCAUAGAUUACAUGCACUCAGUCCUUCUUGGAGUAAUGCGCCUUCUGAUGGUUCUGUGGUUUUCUCCAGAGUUUUCUCGUCAGCCCUUCAGCAUGGCAAAAAAUGCAAAGGAAAUUGACAGGCGAUUUCAGGAAAUCUCUCCUCCAUCCUCCACUCGAUAUCCUCGAUCAGUGACAUCUCACAGAAUGUUUUUUAAAGCAUCAGAAUAUCGGGAUAUUUUGAUCUUCUAUGGACCUGUUGUUUUCCGUGGAGUUCUUGCAACACUGUACUACAAGCACUUCCUUCUACUAAGUGAAGCCAUUUUCAUUUUGUUGAUGGAAUCCAUAUCAGUUGAACAGAUUGAUCAUGCAGAGAAACUACUGUGGAACUUUUGUUCCCAAAUGGCUAAUCUAUAUGGUGAGCGGUACGAAACUGCAAAUGUACACCUUCUUGUGCACCUAGCAGACAGUGUGAAGGCCCUUGGUCCAUUAUGGACUCAUUCGUGUUUCCAUUUUGAGGACAAGAAUGGCUAUUUGUUAAGGCUCAUACAUGGCACUCAAAAUAUACCUAUGCAGAUGGUCCAUGCAGUCAAACUUGUGCAGUCUAUUCCUGUUAUUUCACAAACCAUAAAACCAGGGAAUUCCAUAGCUGAAUUUUACACACGGAUGACUAAAGAUGAUAGUUUCUGUCAGGAAAACAAUGAUUUGUCUAGGACCAAACUAUAUGGAGCAUCUAGUGAACUUCAACUGGACACAGUUCAACUGUCUACAUUGGAAAGACAAACUGGUCAUUGCAUCAGUUCUAAAACAGUAAGGAUCUUUCACAGGGCACAAGUUAAGAGAAAUUAUCUCACAUCAAAACACUAUGGGAAAGGCAAUAGAAGAAACAAUUUUACAGUCGUUUUUUCUAGUGAUGGACAAAGAAAGUAUGGACAGAUUGAAUACUUCUUUACCUCAGAACAUUCAUAUGCCAAAUGGGCCCUUGUUCAUGAAUUCAAAGUUGCUGGUUUUUCUUUGCUGCAUGAUAGUGUAACAAAUGGUACAUGCAGUCAUGUUGUUCCCCUAUUGGAAACCUCUGUUAAUACAGUAGUUUCCUUGGAUCAUAUAUUGGGUAAAGUUGUUUUCUUUGACUUGACAUCUAUGCCUGGCAUUGUUUUUGCAGCUAAUUUCCCAAACACACUUGAAAAGUUUUAACCCCAACAGUGGGUCAUGGUCAGGGUGUGUGGUGGCAAGAUGAAUUGCCUCUAUUGUAAUUGUAUUCUGUCAAAACAGCACAAUGUCAAAGUUCACAAAGGUGUUUUUUGAGCACAUCAUAGCUUGUGUUUUGAUGGGUUACGUUUUGGAACUCAAAAUUGUAAUUAAUGAAUUGUAUGUUGUAUUGUGUCAGAAAUCAACACAUUUUGUAAGUUGAACAUUAUGUAAACCAUCUCAAAUUAUUUGCCUGAAUUGAUUUCUUUUCUUAAAUUUUGCGCUGAGAUAAAUUGAGAUAUGAUUGAGCUAUAAUAUUAAAAAAAUUUCUCAUACUGAGACUAAUUUGAGAGCUUGCACUACUCUAUUUUUUCUUUUUGCUGAAACACUAAAAAGAGACAACUGUAAGAGAAUCAGAGAACUCAAAUAGUGAGCAGUACGA